AUGGCUGAUUAAAGAUAAUAACUUGAGCAACUCAAGUAUGCUCUCUGGUUAGCAAUUAUGUAAAAUAAAAAUGAAUAAAUAGUGCAAUUUUUUAAUUCGCCAAAAAUUGAAAUAAAUGUCAACGUAGCAUUAACAAACCAAGGCAUAACAGCAUUGCAUUAGGCAGCAAGCAAUGGAAAUUUGAAUUUAGUUCAAUUUUUAGUGGCAAUCUAAAAGGCUGAUAUUGAUCAAUAAGACAUAUUUGGAAGAACUCCACUUCACUUUGCCUGUGCAAUUGGAAAUCUUGCAAUAGUUGAUUAUUUAAUACAAUCUAAGGCAUCACCUAAUAUACAAACAAUAGGAGGAGAAUCACCAAUUAUGAAAGCAGCCUAGUUUCAUCAAUCGCAAUUAUUGUUCUAUUUAAUUGAAACUCAUUCAGAUAAAAUUAAUUGGAAUCUAGUAAACAAAUUGGGAUAAAAUGUUUUACAUAUAUUUCGGAUUUCUUGUGUAAAUUCUUUGGAGAAAUAAAAUCAAAUUUAUACACAAAUAAACGACGUCAUGGUUGAACUGUUGGCAUUGAUAUCAGCAGAAGGGCAAUAAACAAUCUAAUGA